AUGUCCUCAUCGACCGCCCCAUCAAUUCAACCGCCCACCAUGAAUCCGUCCCGCAAUCCCUCCAGACCGACUGGUGCACGACAUCUAGCACCAGCCUUGCACGCCGCCUCGCCCUCGCGCCGCGCCACUUCAGGCUCAGCAACCCAGACCGUCACGCCAGUCGAUUCGGCCUCAUCACGAUCCGCUUCACCAGAACCCCUCAUCCUACGUCUCCGCGGUGCACAUGACGCCGCUGCUAGAUCCGCCACAAACGCAAACACGAGCCAAGGGCGCGGCCGGAGACAGAUCACGUGGGCAGAAGACGUGGUGGAUAACGAAGGCCUGGGCAGAAAAUCAAGCAAAGUGUGCUGUAUAUACCACAAACCUCGGGAGUUUGGCGAGAGUUCCAGCGAGGACGAUAGCUCGAGCGACUCGUCAAGCGACAGUGACAGUGACGCGGGCGGCAGUGACAGUCCCGACGACGGCGGUGCGAGGAUGAGCGGGAAUCGCAGAGGGAGAAAACACCAUGACCAUCACAGACACGGCCACGGCCAUCCUCAUGACCACGAUCAUGAUCAUGGGAAGGGCAAAGGGAGGAGAAAGCCUAGUCCCAACGCUUAUGAGAAGAUGCCCAGAUAUAACACGAAACAUGAUGCAGGGAAAAGAUAA